UAGACACGUGUGAAUAGAUGGGCGGGCCCCGCCUCUCCGGAGGUUCCGGCCAAUCAGCUCUCGGGCCUGCCCAUCGCCUCCCUCCCGCCCUCGCGCCAGUCCAGCCGCGCGAUAACCUUUGCCCUUUGUCCCUUAGAGAUGACCUUUGCGCCGUUGCCAAGAUGGCGCUGUCCAGGCUGGGCUGUGGCCGGGGCGGUCUGCACGGGGGGCUCCUGGGCGUAGGGCCCGUUACCGUCCCCGCCAGCUGGCUGCGCCGGGUCCUGCGCGCGCCCGAGCCGGUCCCCGCCUGGAGGGCGCCGAGGCACCCAGCAUGCUGCCUCUCUACAAAGACAAACCCCAAAGCCAUCCUUGCUGCUGUCGUGUCACAAUUCAAAUAUGCCAAUGGGAAAUACGAGAGCUUUUUGGAAAGGACAUUCCCUCGCUUCUAUGUAUUGUAUUCAACUUUUCUGAAAGGAUGUCGGACAUUGUUUUCGGAAGCAAAGGAAAUAAGAAGAAUAAAGUUAAACAUGUCCCUUAAAAAGAUUGAUUUUCAUCAGCUUCCAUACAGGGAGAUGGAAAGACUAAGACAGUUUCGCAGGGACCUGAUCAAGGCCAUUCCUAUUGGGCUUCUCGCCCUUCCACCUUUUGCCAACUACUUGAUCUUUUUGCUGAUGUACUUGUUCCCAAGGCAACUGUUGAUACGCCACUUCUGGACCCCAAAGCAGCAGUUUGAGUUUCUGAACAUUUAUCAUGGUAUGCGGAGAGAGGUGUACCCAGAAAUCAUUGAUGGCUUAGAGCAGGUGACUCGUUUUGUAGCUGAUCAGCAGCUCCGAGACCAGAUGCAAGAGCUCUGCACCAAGGUGCAGAGCGGUUUUCAUCCAGAGGUGGCGAAACUCCUGGCCGUGAGAAGCUUGUUUGUAGGACAUCCUCUGGGUCUGCAAAGGCUGCGCGUUUGGCAAGUGAAAGCCUUGAGCCGGGUCCUGUUCCUGACUCCUCACUUGCCGAUCUUCGUCCUGAGAUACCGGCUGCGGAGCCAUAUGUUGGAGCUGCAGCAUCUGGACCAAGCCAUGCUGAAGCUGGGAGUGAGCGAACUGUCUGAAGAAGAAGUGAAAAUGGCUUGUUAUGUCCGUGGCCUGAACUCCACCCACCUCAGCUCAUCCGAAUGCCAAAAAUGGCUGAAGCAAUGGGCGAAGCUCUCCUGUGAACUGAAAGCUAGCUGGAGAGGAGCUGGCCUCUGCCCUGCUUCCAAGAGCGAGAUUGAUAUUUCCCCUCCCCCAUGCCUGUGUCCUGAGUGUUACUGUGGCUUUAGUUAAAAUACUAAAUUCUGCCACGACUGCUGGCCAGAGUGAUCCUCUCCCUUCCUCAGAUGAGGCAGGAGAGUCUCUCAACCCAUGAAAUCUGUGCAAACAAACGAACAGCUUUUCUUCUGGAAUCAUUUGAUUCUUGCUGGCCCCCGAUCAGUAUCCUGCAGGUGGAGUUUGCCAAUCCGUUACCUGCUGCCAGCUCCUCCCUCACAACCUGUCAGGUUUCUGGGGAGCAGAGCUGGAAUUUUAAAACCUCAAGGAAUGAGGCAAAGGGUUUCGGACUCUGUAUCAUGGUGACACUGAGCUUCUCUUCAGGGCAGAACUGAGCUACUGUGUCCAAAGGGGCUUGGCCAAGCUGUCUGCCAUCUGGCAGGACUGUCACUCAGAGAAUGGCACAGAAAAGCUGAACAGGAGUGCUGGCAGCUGGUCCUGCUGCAGAUUGACAGGGCAAACCUAUGGAGUCCCUGGCAUAAAUCUGUGGCCCAGCUGCCAUGGUGGAGGCUGCAGUUCUCUCCUUGGGCUAGUGUUUCCCUUCAGAUGGGCUAGUGCAGAUGUAGACAACUUUUGCUUUUGUCAAACAUGCUGCUGCUUUCUUCCCAGCUAGCCUCAAGCACUGUUCUAAGUGUAUGGUGUGGGGGUGGUGGUGGGGAGGAGAAUUGUCCCGGCUGCAGGUUUGUGAUUACUGCACUGUGUAGGUGUUGCUCCUGCCUCUUAGUGAGGAUUUGAUGUAAGAGCCAACUAGGAAUUUGUCCUGCCCAGCCAGUGCUGGUGAAACAUGAGGCUGACCUUCCAGCCCCUGCAUUGUUCAUGGCUGUAGAAGGGUUCAUUACACAGCAGGUGUACAGCCCAGAGCCGGAUGUCAGGAAAACUUGUAUCAGACCUUCUUGAUGGUGCUGUGGCUAGAGAGGGACAGAGCAGCUGGCACAGGGGCCCGGGUGAAAUGUGAUCCUGCACUGCUGCUGUGUCCCACCACUGCCAGUCUGUCAGCCAUCCAGUGAGCCCUUGUGGUACUUUAGCUGGCACCUGCUACCGUUUCCUCUCACCUCCAGAAAUGCCUUCUGCUAGGGCCAGGGGGUCCUGCCAACAGUAACACACACAGGCUGGGGCCUCCCGAGAGCUGGCUCUGGAGGUGUCCAAUAAACAUGACUCUGUUUUCAGAUUCGGAGGUCUCGCUCCUGGCACACAGUAUGGUCUUACUGUCCACCAACUACCUCGGGGCCAAGGAGUGACGGCACAGGUACCGACGGCAACUGUCAACCUCUUUCUUGUGCUGGUGGUUGCAGCAGGAUAGUGUUUUUUUUUGCUUGCAUUGCAGGACGAGGGCUAGACUUUAGCAAGAAACACCUUGCUUUUUGCCUGCCGACCUAGCUCUAAACCGUACAGCAGCAAAGGGUAAAACCCUGCCAGAGCCGAGUGCUGCAAACAUAUUUACCUUACACACAGUCAAGUCCCUGAGAGCAAGAACCUGCUGUGGCUCCAUCACUAGGUGGUAGAGUCCAUAGUUUUUGAAUGUGUAAGACUGGCCCUUGCUGGGGCUGGGAACGACGCUGCAAUUCUGAGCCACGCAGACUCCAAUGCUCUUCUGUCAUUUUCCAAAAGAGACCACGCUGAGACACAGCCAGGAGCCCGGGCUGUGCUAUUAUAGCCUCAAACGGUGGCACUUUAAAUGUAAUCCUGUCCAGCGGGAGCGCUUCUCUUCCCUGGAUUUGUAAACUUCCCCUGGGAGGCUCCCACUGGUAACUUAGAGCAGUGGGCAUUAUCUAGCUAGGUUCCUUGUUGCUCCAGGGCCCGUGAAGUCACCAGGCUGGAGCAGUGCUUUGUUGUUUUUCCUGUUAAGUUGUUAUAACUUAAUUUACUAUGUUGUUUUAGGAAUAAGGUGAAUUUUACUAGGAGGGGCUGUGGGGGGAGCACCUUAGUUGCCAGGGGCUUUAUAAGUGACCUUGCCCCUUCGGCCAGUGAUAUGCCUUAAUGUUGAGGAUCCAUGUUUUGUUCAGUUGUCUUUAGUUCACAGCAGCACCGUGCUAAUGUUUGAGACUGUUGUUCUCUGCCCUAGCUGACUGCUAGGAAGAGAUAUAGGCCAGAUAGGAACAGUCACCACUUUCAAACUUGGCCACUCAAUAACUUAACCUGAUUUUCAGUUUCUGAGCCUCUGCUGAUUUCAGGGGAAGCUGCAGGAGCCCCUCUGAGGCUCAGGCCACUUUGUAUAGAUGCCCCACUUUGAAAAUGCUGCCCUAGAGCCUGCUGCCAUCGAAAUAAAUGGCAAACAGCACUUACCUGUUAAGAACAGUCUCAACUUCGUUUUGUCAAUGGAGGGAUUUAAGUUCUGCCUAAUCAGUUUUUAGACUUGAACUUUCUGCUCAGUGUGAGGAUUUUGGAGCUAGAAGUUUGGUCAACUGGAGCUCCACCCCUGCACACCUAAUGUCUUGUGGCAGAGGCUGCAAGUUGAGUUUAAGGGAUUUUUUAAGAAGUUAUAACUAGUGUCUUAAGUUAUUUAUGGCAGUAAAAAUGCAUGAAAUGUUUGUCUUAAAUCUGUGGUACCCUUACAUAAAUAUUCCAUUAAAGACAACUGCUAAGGAAA